CGGAAGUAGACUGAUUGUGUUUCGGCGUGGCCGUGUUUACAAAUUGCUGAUUUACACGGCGCGUGCGGCAUCGUUCCGUAAACAAACAGUGGAGUGAUUUAAAUAAAGUCAUGAUACAUUUACGGUUUCAUUGGAAGAGGGUCAGAUAAGCUGUAAAAGCCUUUGAUUUUAGGGAAUGUCCGAGUCACCAUUAAAGGUGACUAUGAAGGGCAAUGAAGCUGUAAGAGUUCCUGCAUACUUCAUAUCAAAACAUGAAGGCUUCGUUGGAAGUAUCAAAACCUUCAUCGAGGACUUUGUUGUCACAGAGAUCGACAUUAAUGGACAGAAGGUAAAAACAGCCCAAGUCAUGCAGACAGCAGGCUGCGCCUCCUCAGAGGAAACCCAAAUGAAUGCAGAGUCAAAGGAGAAUCUUUACUGUUCAGGCUCACAAGAUGCUGAUGUUACAUCAGACUGGGAGGCUGGUUCUGACACCCCGCUGCCCGCUUUAGGAAGCUUUGAUUUAGAUGUUAUCUUAGGCCCUUCGGUGAGUGAAGAUUUGGAGCAGUUUGUGAUGACCCUAAGAGAAAAAAGGCCAUCUGGUCCGGAGCUCUCUCUGGGCUCCUUCGCUGACAAACACCAGAGAGCCAACGUCCACCGAGCUGUCCGACACCGCUUUCCCUUCCUCUUGACCAUCACCAUCCAGCCAGAGAUCAGGGUGAGGGAAGACCCUGACUACAGGGAGCUGGCCCGACUGGUCAGAGAAGAGGAGGCGGAGGACUUCUUCAGAUUCAUUGAUGCCAAGGUGGGAGGAUCAUCCUACACUUUUGGACCAGAUGACAGCAAGGAGCACAGGACUGCAGUGCACCACUUUCUUAACCGAAGGUUUGGGAAACUGGUGGAGACAAAAAGCUUCAGCAGCCAGGGCAGGACAUCAAUCUCAGUGAGACUGAGAGAGCAUGGCAAGCCGAAGAAGAGAACAGCUGAAGAACGCAAGGAUGAAGACAUUUAUACAGCAUUCACUCUGUGUAAGGAGAACCUGGAGACUCUGGAGGCCAUCAGCUACAUGGCCGCUGCUCUCGGGGUCCUGCCGUCAGAUUUCACCUACGCCGGCAUCAAAGAUAAGAGAGCCAUCACCUACCAGUCCAUGGUGGUCAAGAAGGUCUCACCUCAACGGUUGAAAGAGAAAGCAGCAGAAUUUGAGAAGAGAGGGAUGCGUCUAUCUCAGAUCUGCUCCGUCGGCGAGCCUCUGAAGCUGGGGAGACUGCAGGGGAAUCACUUUGACCUUGUGGUCCGCAACCUCAGGCCACAUGGGGCCUCGGAUGAACACUUCUCUGGUGCUGACGUGCAUGGUCGCCUGGCAGCUCUCAUAAAGGAAGCAGUGGAGAACGUAAAGAGGAGAGGUUUCGUCAACUACUACGGGCCGCAGAGGUUUGGAAGCGGACAAAGUGUUCUGUCCGAUCAAGUAGGAUUGACUCUGCUGAAAGAGGAUAUGGUCAGUGCUGUACGUCUGUUCCUCUCUCCUGAGGAAAGUGAUGAUCCUCCCAGCCUCGCAAAGAGACACUUCCUUCAAACAGGCAACGCUAAGGAAUCUUUGGCGCUUAUGCCGCUGUCCAAGCCCAGGGAGAGGCUGAUGCUCCGCGCCCUGAAUCGCUACGGUACUGGCCCGGAUGGUUGUGUCCAGGCAUGGCUCAGCCUGCCCCACAGCAUGAGGGUUUUCUAUCCUCAUGCCUACUGUAGCAGGGUGUGGAAUGAUGCAGCGGCACACAGGCUCUCCACUAUGGGUCUUGGUGUCAGACAAGGUGACCUGGUGUGGACACAGACAGGGCAGAAGAGAACCGAGGACACUGGAGAGACCGCCUGUCCCCAAAUCCAUGUGGUGACAUGUGAGGAGGAGCAAGCAGGAGUUUACUCACUAGAACAUGUGUUAUUACCAAUGCCUGGAAACUCUGUAAAAUAUCCAGAGAACGCCAUGAGAACCUGGUACCAGGAGAGACUAGCAGGAGACGGAUUGGCCGAGUGCCGCUUCCGAGUGAGCAGCCUCAAACUGAACCUUCCUGGCUGCUACCGCCCUCUGCUGGCCAUCCCACACAACCUCAGCUACCAGUUGCGGAGAGCAGCCUUCAGCCAUGGUGCAAAGAAGCAAGAAUCAGUCACGGAGUCUCCCACACUCAGUUUGAACUUUGACCUGGACUCCUCCUGCUAUGCCACCAUCUGCCUCCGAGAGAUCAUGAAGUGUGAGACUUGAAAGCAAAAGUUAAAGCUGUUGUAUUUCUUUUCGACUGUUAUUGUCAGUGAUGUUGUACUAAAAAGCAUGAGCAUGGUUACAAAUGUAACAAAACACCAGUUUGAUAGUUUAUUCUGUAAAGAAAAGGCUGACAAACAUGAACUCAUUUAAAUGUAGAAAUGUUAAAAUUUUAGUCUUUUGUGCUGUUAUUAAAAAAAAAAAAAAAAACUGACAUCAAUUCAUGAUUUUUACCACUGUAUACAUUUAUUUGUGAAAUUACAACUGUUUUCUAAUGUUAACUUAUGGAGGGACUUAUAUGCAUCCUCCUGAGAAAGUUUUAAUGCCCAAAAUAAAAUAUUAGUCCAUUAUGGCAGAUGUAAUCUGUGUAACAAAGUAUUGUAUACUCUCCAGUAAAUACUGCGCGGUGCUUUUUGAUUGUUUUAUUUCAAACAUGUAGAAGAAAUAUAUACAUUUAUUAAAAAAUAUAAAUAACAUUUUUAUACCAAAUAAUGAUAUAGAUGUGCUUAUGAUUUUUAGGACACUGUGAAACUUAGAUUUAAUGUAUCAAGUCCACUCUCUCCUACAGAAAAAAAUGAAUUAGAACAAUUUAUGGCAACAUUUUGCUCUUUACAUAUAGAAGCACUGUUGGUUUGAUUAAAUCUGACAUUUUUGGCAAUAAAGAAGUGAACUGGUAUGUUCACAGAAUUUAA